ACACUCGCCGCUUCUCCAUUCGGUUGCCGAGUGUGAGUGGGCGAAACAAACAACUGCUGCUCCCUUCUCUGCGCGGUCGCGCUCCGCCGCCCUCCGCCGCCCUCCGCCUUACUCUGCGCUCGCAUGUUCACCGCCGGAGACGCCAUUUUGGCAGAUCUGAGUGCCGCGGAACCCCCGCAUCGGGCGGCGUCUUCACUGUUCCCUUAGCGCUCAAGGACGAGUUAGGUUUUCUUCAUUUCUCUCCGCAUUCUUCCGUUGAUACGCCUCCUCCAAUUUUUCUCCCGGCAUUCUGUUCAUUUCCGGUACCUGGUUUGCGAUCUGCGUCUCUCUGUUUCUUUUCGUUUCCAAAAGUUGGAGCUUGACUUGAGCGGCCGCGGAAAAUUGGGAUCUUUUAGUGAGGAAUAGUUUGUCAGGAGCUUUUUUUCUUCGGUGGUGAGGUUCGUGCAGCCAGAAGAUGAACCGAAGCUCUGCGGCAGCACCGUCGCCAUUGUCGGGGCGGGCUGUGACGAAAGGGGUGGACGAGGAGCUCGCCCUCUUUCUCGAGAUGCGGAAGCUGGAUAAGGAACGGAACAAUCUUCUCCUGCAUAACGCUGACGAACUCGAUUCCCCAUUGGGGUCAAAACCCGGGACUGCUCCUAUAUUCAAGAUCGCCUCUUCCCCACCUAUACGAAAGCCUGGGAUUGACGACUUUCUGAAUUCUGAUGGAGAAAAGAAUGACUAUGACUGGCUUCUCACGCCGCCAGAUACUCCAUUGUUUCCAUCUCUGGAUACUGAAUCCAAAAGAUCUCCGAUUGGUAGCAUUGAUACACCAAAAGAUCGACCAAAAAUGCUGAAAUCAAGGUUAUCAAAUGCUCCAGAUCCUCCCAAGAGCACAUUGUUGAGGCAGCCAACAUCAUCAUCUGGAACCAACUCGUCCACUCUAGGAACUCGUAGACCGUCAUCCGCUGGUGGUCCGUCUUAUAGGGCCUCAAGUUCUGUCACUCCAGAUGGCCGACCUGUCUAUUCAAAACCUACUAGAUCUUCCACUCCUACAUCACGAGCUACUUUGCCUUCAAAGCCACUGGCUCCUCUGCGAUCUUCAACGCCUGUAAGAUCUUCUACACCAACAUCUAGGCCGUCAGUCCCUGCAGCAAGCAAACCUGCAUCGAGGUCAGCCACCCCUGCAAGAGGAUCCUCUUCCUCAAAUGUUCCUGCCACCUCUAUACCAACAAGACAACCAUCUUUUGUCACAAGAUCCAGUCCAACACUUUCUAAGAGUUUUGUGCCAACAAUUUCCAAAACCUCACCAACAAUAUCUAAAAGUCCAGCACCAUCACGAGGAACCACUCAUACCUUAAAACCCAAACCAUUGAAACCCUCGGAUAUCCCUGGUUUUUCUCAUGAUGCACCUGCCAACUUGAAGACAUCUUUGCCAGGGAGACCCUCCUCCGUCUCUCGUGGUAGACCAGGAGCACCCAGCAAUCGGUCAUCUUCUGUUGAGCCUGCACCCACUGCCAGACCAAGGCGGCAGUCUUGUUCUCCAUUAAGAGGGCGGGCUGCAAAUGGUACCGUCACAAAAGGUAGUUCCGUUCCACCACCAAGCAGACAAGCAGGUUGUACUGACAAUGUGAACCCCGUGAUGAUGGGAAAUAAGAUGGUUGAACGCAUAGUCAACAUGAGAAGGCUUGCACCACCAAAAAAAGAUGACCAGGGAUCGACCCAGAAUAAUCUUUCCAUUAAAUCUUCUCUUACACCAGAUAGUGCUGCUGGCUUCGGAAGGACUUUAUCAAAGAAAUCAUUGGAUAUGGCAUUGAGGCAUAUGGAUAUACGACGAAGUGUUCCCAACAAUCUGAGACCAUUGAUGGCAAAUAUUCCAGCAUCAUCGGUUUACAGUGUGAGGUCAGGAUCCUCAAGAAGCAGGGGAAUCAGCAUUAGUAAUUCACCUGUCGCCACAGGCAGCCCAGUCAGUUCAGAACAAAGUGUCAGUAGCAAUGCCAUCCGUUUCGAUGUGAGUGAACAAGAUGACUAAAUGGAACACAUACACAUUAACUAAGAUGAGAUUUUGUAAUGUAGGAAGUGGAUACCUUAGUUUCCAUUGUGGUUCUCAUCAGAAGAGCUCCAAGUAGGUCACUCCGUGUACAACAUAAAUACAUAUGUAUUUGAAAGUUGGUCUCUGUGGCUUUGUUA